UGGGCCGGCUUCGUGUUGGCGGCAACUUGGGAUUGAGCGGAUGAGGUAUUUCCAACACGCAAAUUUGUUGGUGACGGAAGAUUUGAGGCUGUGCCACAACCGUCUCAAAUGGCAAGUGCUGCUCCUUCGAAGCUCGACGGAGUAGGUCCGCAGCUAGUUUGCUCCCACUCAUCCGGUGAAGGCGAUCCAGCGAGUCUGAAGUCAAGGCGGCCGGCCGGCACUGCCGUUGCCACCCGGAAGAAGCACUUGGGCAUCCCAAACACAACUUUCUGUCGGGUACGCCUGUAUCGCCGUCUUGCUCGUAAGUCUGUCAAUAAAUCUAACUCUGACUGUCUAGCUAUUCGAGCAUGGUUGCCUCGAAGGCAGCAGCCCGAAGUAGCUGGUGCAAUUCAGGUACCAACGGAGGUGGCCAUGCUGAGCAUGAAGAGAAGGGAUGAAGUCACGACAGGUAGCAGCUGGAUUCACACACGAGCAGCCCACACGUGCAAGCAAACUGAGAGAUGGCCUCAUACUCUUGUAUUGCUACAGCGCAAGAGUGAAUUUAAAAAGAAAACCCGAAAUAUGCUAUGCCCUGUAUCCUCAACACAAGACGUCAAAAAUGCAGCCUAGACAAACAAGCAACCACAACAGGAACCCGGCAGCCAACCCUCCUAGGAUGCCUGUCCAAGAGGAGCCGAUCCUCGGCCCACCUUCACUCGCAAAAGCCGUGU